AUGCCUUCAGUAUCAGUUCUCUCCCAGAUGACCUUCUCGAAUCUCGGUCCUCUAACAACAACUUUCACCGCACCCUCAAGCUGCAGUACUCUGGGCAGAACAGGAAUAGGGCUUACAGACUUCCCUACUGGCAUUUUUUGGGAUACAAACUGCUCAAUCGAUCCCUCAAACCCUGAGCCCUCAUGGAGCUGUUUCCCUGAAGGCUCAGCGCCUUCGCCUACAGCGACACAGGUGAGUGCGAAUGAUUAUUUGCAGGUGUCGUAUUUCUCGCCGGGAUUGUAUUGUCCCUCUGGUUGGAAGACCGUAGGCGCUGCGGUCAGAGAUGGGGAUUCGAUUUCUUCGAAUGGUGCUUUUAAUUACUAUACUACGCCUAUACCGACCUCUAUUCCUGGUGCUUUCCCUGAUGAGGCGAAUCUGCUUAUGCAGGUUCUUGCGGAUGGGGAGACUGCUGCACUUUGUUGUCCUAGUUCUAUGACCGGUCAGACGGAUAUAGGCUGCUACGCUACACUACCAUCCUAUACCCCCUCAACAGGGUGUCUACGAUAUUUUCCGGAAGGAGACCUAACACAGGUUAGCGCGACAUACUGGUUCGAUGGUGUGACUGUUGUCGGUGAGGUCGAGAGUUUGAUCGCUACCUCACCUAUUACAUCAAUUAUCUCCACGACUUUUACGGCUGUCACUGCCACUGGCACUGAGGAAGCAACUAGUUAUAUUGGUGUUACGAUGGCGCCUAUGGUUAUCCUUGUUCAUAAAGAGGCGGAUUUGACAGAUGCUACAGCUACAUCUAAUGCUGCUAUGAGACUUGGAUGGAGCAGUGUUUGGGACCGUGACCUGGGACUUGUUCUUUUGGUUUCUAUGCUUGGUAUGCUAUUGGGAGUUGUAAUUAUUCUUCCUUUCUGA